AUGGCAGAAAUUCCAAGUUCUACUCCUUCUUCAUCUUUGAAAAGAGACAUGAAAGAGAGCACUUACAACUCUAGCAAACCUAUUGAGAUUUUAUCAAUUAAUAUGGAACAGCUCUCAAAUUAUAUAGUAUCAGGGUCGACCAUAAGCAUGCAAGAAACUAUUGGACAAGGUGAGUUUGGUAUAGUUUAUCGUGGAGUGAUGACGAUAAAGAAUGAAAUACCUAAAUCAGUUGCCAUGAAGACAUUAAAAGGUUUUUAUAAAGAGAGCGACAUUGACUCAUUGCUGGAUGAAUGUAUUAAAAUGAUGCCAUUCAAUAAUUUAAAUGUAUUACCACUGAUUGGUGUGUGUCUUGAUCUUGGACCAGCUCCAUACAUUAUCAUGCCUUUCAUGUCAAGGGGAAGUUUAUUGUCUUACCUCAAGAAAGAGAGGCCUAAUCUUACCGUAGCUGAUACCAGUGAAGAGGAUAUUAUACUGAAUGUCAGAAAACAGUUGCUCUCCAUUUGUUUACAAGUUGCCAAUGGAAUGUCUUACUUAGCUUCACAGAGGUUCAUUCAUCGUGAUCUUGCUGCUAGAAAUUGCAUGAUUGAUGAUAAUGGUAUUAUUAAAGUAGCAGAUUUUGGACUAUCUGAAGACAUAAAUGCCUACAAUUACUUCAGGCAACUAAAGUGCAGUGAUAAUAACUCAGGAUCAUCAACAGUUAAACUACCAGUGAAAUGGAUGGCAUUAGAGAGCCUUCAUGAUGGACUGUUCUCUGAAAAAUCAGAUGUUUGGUCUUAUGGUGUUCUUUGUUGGGAAGUGUUCAGUCUUGGUAAAGUACCAUAUCCUGGUCUGGAUCCAAUAGGAGUAGUGGAGUUAUUAGAUACUGGUGGACGAUUGCUGUGUCCACAUAAUGGAGCCUGCUCACAGGAAAUUUACUUGCUGAUGCUAUCUUGUUGGUCAGAGUCUCCUAAUGAUAGGCCAAUGUUCAGUGAUAUAGUUUCUUCAAUAAAUGCACUCAUUGAACCAUUGGCUGGCUACCUUGAUUUUACUGACAUUAAUAAUACUUGUACUGUAAAAGAAAAUGAUGUUUGUGACUAGAUCUAUGUAUCAGUAUAUUUUUGUAGAAUGUAUAAUGUGAAACAGCUUGAGUGUUAGUUUUGUUUUCAUGCUGAAAACAAUAUCAAUGAUUUCA